AUGACUACAGUCUUAAUCCUAGGAAUUUUCAUUAAACACAGAGAUACUCCCAUUGUCAAAGCCAACAACACGGAUAUCACCUACACUCUUCUCAUGUCCCUCCUCUUCUGCUUCCUCUGCUCUUUGCUGUUUCUUGGAGAACCCACCAAGGUGACCUGCUUCUUCCGACAAUCUGCUUUCAGCAUCAUCUUCUCAGUGGCUGUUUCUUGUGUCUUGGCCAAAACCAUUACUGUAGUUGUAGCUUUCAUGGCCACCAAACCUGGUUCCAACUUGAGGAAGUGGAUGGGCAAAAGACUGGCCAACCUCAUUGUCAUUUCUUGUUCUCUCAUCCAAGCAAGUAUUUGUACAGUGUGGCUAGGAACGUCUCCCCCUUUCCCGGAUUUGGACACUCUGUCCCUGACUGUAGAAAUCAUAGUAGAAUGUAAUGAAGGCUCUGUCGUUAUCUUUUAUAUUGCUCUGGGCUACCUGGGAUUUCUGUCUCUCAUAAGUUUGCUUGUAGCCUUUGUAGCCCGUAAGUUGCCAGAUAGUUUUAAUGAAGCCAAAUUGAUCACUUUCAGCAUGCUGAUGUUUUGCAGUGUUUGGUUGUGUUUUGUCCCAACAUACCUAAGCACCAAAGGAAAACCGAUGGUGGCUGUGGAGAUCUUCUCUAUCUUGGCCUCCAGUGCUGGCUUACUGGCUUGUAUCUUUUCCCCCAAGUGCUAUGUAAUCAUGCUGAGGCCUGAACUCAAUACAAAGGAUCAUCUUAUGCUUAAAAAUUAA